AUGACCAUCGAAAACACAUACUGGAAAAACGUCCUCACGGUCGUCCCCAUCGUGGGUGCGGCCAUCGCGACCCUCACAUAUAUUCUCCGGCUGGUAUCCUGUCGCAUCUCCACAGUAGGGCUGAGGCUGGAAGACCUCUUGAUGGGGAUCGGCUUGAUUCUUUCCUACUGCGCCACUGCUUUUGUUAUAUAUACGGCAUUCAAUGGGGUGGGCGUCCGAACGAGUCUUUUGCCCCCAGAUGAGCGGCAUCACAUCCAAUUUGGCUCAUGGAUGAUUCAAAAAUUCUGGGCACCGUCCAUGGCAUUCGUCAAGAUCUCGAUUAUUGUUUUCCUCCAACGCAUCCUGGGCACGGUUCCUGCCUUUCGUAUAGUCUCUAACUGCCUCAUCGUCUUCAUCGCUCUGUGGGCCGUCGUGGCGUUGCUCGUCAACAUCUUCCAGUGCAAUCCGGUCCAAUUCUACUACGACAAAACAUUGCAAGGAGGUCAUUGCAUGCACGGUCAGACCAAAUUUUUUCAGGCUAUGGGAAGCAUCGCCCUGGUGGAGGACGUGACAAUUUUACUUAUGCCGGUGCCCAUCGUCUGGCGACUGAAGAUCACCUUGCGCCAAAAGAUCGCAGUGACCAUUGUAUUUUCGUUAGGAGGCUUGGUCUGUAUAUUCAGUCUGAUGCGUCUUAUUGAAUUCCGCAACUUUGUUGUCACGGACCUCGCUUCAUCAAGUGCCAAAGAGUCCAUAUGGACGGUCCUCGAACUCGAUGUCGCCAUUAUCUGCGGUUGUCUCCCUCUCCUCAAACCCCUCCUGGCUGGAUUUCUCGGCACCGUUAAGAGCAUCUCAAAAGGCCAGUCCAAUUCGGGCACGAAGUUAUAUUUCCACACAAGCGGUACGCACAAUCAUGAUGGAUUCCACAAGAUUAGCGACCCGCACGGGGCAACGGCCAGCCAGAGUCGGGAGGUGACAACGCAGUCUACGCGGCGUGGGAGCUCGGAGAUUGAACUGCAGGGAAUCGAAGUACACACGGCGAUUGAGAGUAGGUCAGAUGUUGCAAAUAGCCCUCAUGUGGAGGGAAGGACAUGGCCAAUACCAUGA